CGGGUUUCAAUUGAAGCUAAGGCCAUCUAGGCCUAGCGUCUCAGCUUAAAACCCAGCGGACAGCGGACAGGAUCAGUGCAGCCUGCCGCCAGCUUUUAGCAGCUUGGACACUGCCUGACGUACUAUGGUAUUGUACUAUGUACCGUGGCGUGUUAUUUUUAUCGCGCCAGAGCAUCUGGGGCCGUUGGGGCGCUUCUUAGUUAGGAAGCCCUGUCAGAAAUUCUACAUCUACCUAUAAUAAUUAUUUUAUCUCAGCCUCAUCAAAUUUAUCUUUCUUAUCCAGUCUAUAUAUCUGGCCUCAAUACAGACGGGACAUAAACAAAUACCUACUAGGUACCUAACCUAAUAGAUAAUUCAUCUCUACUUCUCUUGCAUCUGGUGGUUAGGCACACGGACAAUAAUCGCGAUGGAGGCUCUAAAAACCGCCUUGCAGCCCUUGCGGCCUAUUACGAACGGCUUACCUGCUCCUAUCCGCGACCUGGGCCUGUCCAUCCUAGGCGAAACCUGCUACAAGACGUUGGUCCUCGAGCUCGACCCGACGGAUUUGGAAUGCCUCAAGCUCGCCAUCUCGAAGGGUCUGGGCAUCGGCAUCAUCGGCGCAUCGUCCAUCGUCAAGGUGCCGCAGAUCGUCAAGCUCGUCAAGUCGCAGUCCGCGUCCGGCGUCAGCUUCCUGUCCUACCUGCUCGAGACCUCGUCCUACCUCAUCUCGCUCGCCUACAACUACCGCAACCACUUCCCCUUCAGCACGUACGGCGAGACCGCGCUGAUCCUCGGCCAGAACAUCAUCAUCACCGUCCUCGUUCUCAAUUAUAGCGGGCGGGCUAGCAUGGCCGCCCUGUUUGUUGCUACCCUGGCUACCAGCGUCGUUACCCUGUUCGGCGACGGAGUGCUCGAUAUGAAGACCCUGAGUUAUUUGCAAGCUGGCGCGGGGGUGCUUGGCGUGGCUAGCAAAAUACCUCAGAUUGCUGCUAUCUACCAGGCGGGCGGAACGGGUCAGCUCAGCGCAUUCACGGUCUUCAACUAUCUUGCCGGCUCGCUCUCUCGAAUCUUCACGACGUUGCAAGAGGUGGACGACAAGCUGAUCUUAUACGGUUUCGUAGCGGGCUUUGCGCUGAACUUGGUCUUGGCUGCGCAGAUGGUGUACUACUGGAAUGCGCCGUCGGCCAAGGUCAGAGGAAAGAUGAAGGAGGCUGCCCCAGUUUCAGCCGCCGCUCCGAGCUCUGGCGCCUCUACAGCUACGCCUAAAAGCAAGGGGCCCUCGACACGACGCAGGGGUUGAGUGCUUUUUUUUUUCUGUUGCACCCUUGGUAGGAUUUGUUGAGUAGAUGUGGUUUUUUUAGACAUCCACUAUUGUAAUACACGUAACGUUUAUGUUACCUUAUAUCAUAGCUUCUCACUUGUUCUACCGCUCGUGGUAGUAGCAAUGUGGCCCCUUGUCAAGACCUUGACAUGUCAUGUGUGCUACUACUAACCCUGGUAACCAGUACCUACCCGGGCUUGGCCUGCCGUCUACCGUUUUAUUUAUUAGCUGGACGAAAAGAGAGAGAGGAAGACAUCUGCAUGGUUAGCCGCCAUCAGCAGCGUGACAGCAUCUAGGCACAUAUUAUUAUAUGAUGAUAUGCAAGCGAAGAGAAAAGAAAUUUAUCUCUCGUCUCCGCUUCCGGAUCUAUUCGGGAAAUGGAUCAGUCAGUGAUGGGGAAAGAACGGCAAGCUGGGUGAUGCGAGAAGGAUUCGAGACCGAUAGCCGACGCAGAUCAGACUCUUGGUUGGUCAUGGAUUUGUUGAUAGGUAGGAAAAAACUGCUCGAGAUGUGGUUGAGCUAGUAGCUGCUUGUUGCUUUGCUGCUUUGCUGCAUCGCCACGUUUGCCGUUUUGUUCCCGCUGUUUCGAAACAUGCGUGAGUCGAUCUUCAAUAAGUAUAUACAUCCAAAUCCAUAUUAUAUGGCUUA